AUGUCAUACGAAGCUUCAAAGAGUGCGGUUGCACGUAGCCUAAUGAAGGACAUGUUUGAACAAAACAUGGACAAAAUCUACGAGGCUUCAAUGAGAGAAGAAAUUUCCAAAGAUGGUGAUAUUUUGAAAAAUGUAGAAAGUUCCAUUGGAAACUUGAAAGGUCUAAAGAUGAAAGAAGGGAAACGACGAAUAAAAAGAAUGAAGCCCUUACAUGAGGUUCGAAAGAAGAAAACCAAGAAAUUUAAUGUGCAAGUUGAAGAGAUCAAAUCUAAUGGCUACAAAUUCACAGCAGAGUCUACUGUGUAA